AUGCUCCAAGUGGUUAGAAAGUUGAAGAUGUUAAAGAGGAAUCUAAAGAAGUUAUACCAGCAGAAUUUUAGUAACAUUGUCAAGGAGGCCCUAGAAGAUAAGAUUUCCAUGUUAAACAGUCAGGAGAAGCUACAACAUGAUCUUUUAGAUGUUACGUUACAGCAAGAGGAGAAGAGACAACUCAAAUUGAAAUAUAGAAAGUCUGCUGAACUUGAUGAGGUGUUCUUGGUCCAGAGAAGUAAAGCAAUAUGGAUUAAGUUAAGGGAUGAUAACACAAUAUUUUUUCUCCAUAAUCAUACAGAGGAAAAUCACACAGUCAGUGUAUCGUUUAGGAUGAGCAAAGCCAAGUGUUACCGGCAGUUACUAGGAGAGAAUGGGGGCCCAAGAAGGAAGGCUUAUUCAGAGUUUUUUAAUCAGGGGCCAAAACUGUCUGUGGAACACCCAUGCAGUCUGCUGAGGAAUUUUUUUGAGAAUGAGAUUAGAGAUGCUAUAUUUAGCAUUAAUAUAAAUAAGUGUCCUGGAUCUGAUAGUUAUGGGAGUGGUUUUUUCAAAGAAGCAUGGAGUGUGGUGGGACAAGACAUUUGUAUGGCCGUGUGGGAGUUCAUGAACACUGGUGAAAUGUUGAAGGAAUUCAAUGCAACUUUAAUUUCUCUCAUCCCAAAGGUGAGGAUCCUACUGUCAGCAGUAUUACCUUUCUUGGUGAAUGAUACACAAGCAGCUUUUGUCAAGGGAAGACAUCAUAAUAGGAAGACAUCAUCUAGAUGUCUGAUGAAGAUAGACCUCAGAAAAGCAUAUGACAUGGUGAAGUGGGAGUUUGUUCAGGAAAUGCUAGAGGGGUUCUAUCUUAUGUGCAAGGAGGUGCAACUAACACAUCUUAUCUUUGGAGAUGAUCUCAUGAUUUUCUACAAAGGCACUAAAGCCUCAGUGCAAAGGAUAAUGGAGGCUUUGCAACAUAUUUCUGUUGUUACAUGGUUGACUGCUAAAUCUGAUAAAUUUAGUAUUUAUAUGGCUGGUGUGGAUGAUGAGAUAAGAAUCAAGUUACUGGAAAUUAUUGGAUUUAGUAUAGGGACCUUUCCUAUGAACUUUUGGGGUGCUAUAUUUCAUAUUACCCCAAAGUGUGUUGAAGGAUGUGGACAGGAAAUGUAG